AACAAAAUGAAUCAAAAUCAACAAGACUCACUCUACUGCGGAGAAGGAAAUCAGUUGAGAAAUAGACCAAGCAUUAAGGUGAGGCAAGUACCUGGAGGUGGUUCUUCAUACAAUUUCAUCACUGGUGUUGAUGCUAACGACAGACAAAACUUAUCUUCAUCCCAUUCUUCAUCUUCCCAAAUGUCUUCUUCUCCUCCUCAAUCCAGCAAUAGACCAGGUAAAAAGAGUCAAGAAGUAACUGGUAAAAUCGGUGGUGCCACAACUCAAAAUCAACAACCACAAUACAGCUAUAAUCCUCAACAACCUCACGUCUCUAGGCAAUCAAAUCAAGAAUCAGCUGCUUUAUAUUGCACAGAAGGUAAUCAAGUCAGAACAAGACCAUCUGUUAGAGUUGCUCAACAAAAGAAGGAUCAAAUUACUUUCUAAACCCCUGUACAGUAUAUUUAUUCCCACAACACAAAUAAUGUAUUAUUAAGACCAAUACAAUUAUUCCUUUUUAUUCUC